AUGGCUGCCGCGAAACAUCACGAUUCGAUGUCCCUACGAUCGAUCGAGGAAAUGGAGCCACAGUAUCCACCACCGGUGGCUGGAUCCAGACGAAGAUCGGCUGUCAGUGAUUGUGGAAGUUCAUCACAGGCCACGAGGACGUCUGGAUUCUCAUGGUUCGAUCUUGGCGCCAAUGGCCCUCCCGGGCCCGUGGACGAGCUGAGUCUGUACAUGGGCACCGCGUUCAGCAGCAUUCCCGAUGACGACGAAUCCGCUCGAUCGCCGUACUUUGCGAAAGACAGUUUGAUGCUUGCCGAGGAGGAGAAGAUUCGUUCGGCUUCUGGCGAAUUCAUAGUCGACUGGAACAAGCCACGCGACCCUAAGAACCCGAUGAAUUGGGCGAUGAGUUCAAGGUGGACACAGAUUGUGCUUGUGAGUGUCUCGACGCUACAAGCUGCAAUUGCAUCUUCGAUGCCCGCCCCGGCAGUACGGGAGGUUCUCAAGGAGUUCAACGCCCCUGAGGGGGUACUUUCUUCACUAGUCGUGUCCAUCUUCAACCUGGGAUUCGUAUUUGGUCCUGUGCUAGCAGCACCUAUGUCGGAACUCUACGGACGAUACUCUGCGUACAGCGUCUCGAAUAUUCUCUUCCUUGCCUGCAACGCCGCAUGUGCCGUGUCCCCUAAUCUCGGUCUCCUCUUGCUGUUCCGGUUCCUCAGCGGUUGUGCGGGAUCAGCUCCGCUUUCUAUCGGCGGCGGCACCAUCGCAGAUGUCGCACCUCCGGACUUACGGGGCAGAGCGGUCUCCGUCUACUCUCUCGCCCCUCUACUGGGUCCAGUUCUUGGGCCUGCAGCUGGUGGUUUUUUAACAGAGUUCUACGGCUGGAGAUGGACUUUUUGGGCUUUGAGUAUCAUGGCAGGCUUUCUUGGAAUCGUCAUGCUUCUCUUCCUUCGAGAAACCUCAGCAAAGACACUGCUCGAGAAACGAACCACGAAAAUACGAAAGAAGACUGGAGAUUCGAGAUACACGUCAGUCCUAGAUGACGGUAUAUCGCCAGGCGAAGCAUUUUCACGAGCCAUCAAGCGCCCGCUUCGUCUUCUAGUCCUCCAUCCCAUCGUUCUCAUUCUUUCCGCCUAUUUUGCCAUUAUCUACGGAUAUCUUUAUCUCUUCUUUACCACCGUCCCGAUGGUCUUUACUGACAAAUACGGCUUCUCUGCUGGCUCGUCCGGACUGACAUUCAUAGGCAUUGGCAUUGGCAGUAUCUUGGGGACUUUAUUGCCUGAAUUUCGCCUCCCUCUGAUGGCAUACUCGGUGCCCAUGAUCCCGGGAGGGUUGCUUUUGUAUGGGUGGACGGCAGAAAAAGGGGUUUUCUGGCUUGUGCCAAUGAUCGGAACUGCCAUCGUCGGCGUGGGCAUCAUGUUUGUUUUUACUCCUCUGGCUUCAUACCUUGUCGACGCGUUUACUAUGCACGCCGCCUCUGCUCUCGCUGCUUCGACAAUCAUCCGCAGUAUUUUCGGGGCAUUUCUCCCCCUUGCUGGCCCUCCACUCUACGAUGCUCUGGGUCUCGGGUGGGGGAACACCAUUCUUGCCGCAUUUGCUUUACUUAUGGCGCCGAUACCCUGGGUUGUUAUGAAAAGAGGACAGACGAUGAGGGCCAAGUACGACCAUCGCGUCUACUAG